GAACGUUUCAAAACAAACGUCAAGGUAAAUGAUUAUCAAGUGGACUUUUGGACACUGGCGGAGGCGACACGUAUCUUUCACAUAUGAAUUCAUCACAAACUGAUUUUUAGAUAAAAAGACAAACAUGUGGUAUUGUUUACUUCUUGCCCUGCUGGGAACAACAUUUGCUCAAAACUCCGGACCAAAGCAUGGACAGGAUAUCUCUGUGUGUUCAGUUUCACCGACUGCGGCUCCGGGAAUUGUAUCUAAAACCAUGCCUACCGUGUCAAGUCAAUUUUCUGCUCACAUUGAAUGUGUCAUAGUGAAUAAAAACAUGACCACUGAUUUACAUGAAUAUUACGAUGACACCAAUAAUAGAGGAGCCGUCCAUCAACUCGAUCUUGGACUGGAACUGGAUGCUUGGUAUGAUUACAACACGAACGAGUUCAUUGCAUACUAUAAACCUACACAGCAAUGCUUUGUACAGAAGUUAGGAACAUCCGAUCAGAGGUUUUUGUUUGGUUACACACCAAAAGGUGCCGUAGGAUCUAUUUUCUCUGCUGGGAAGAUGUUGCACAUGAAUGGUCCCGGGAUAAACCAGGUUUAUACUGGUGUACAAAGUUACCGAGGUAUUAUGGUGGACACGUGGCAGUCUUGUCAAUAUUGGGCUGCGUAUGAUGCAACAAUGAAAGUCUCGUGGUAUUUCUCAAAUCCAAACGAAUGGGACACCUCAGUCGGACAAGUCGUACCUGUAGGAGCAUACGUCAAAGGUAUUGUGUGGGAUACCAACACAGUGUCACACCCCAUGGAACACUACUACAACUUCUUCCACUUCAGACCAACUGUUGACGAUCCUACAGUCUUCGAGACCCCUGCAGGAGUUCAAUGUCCAGGAAGACAGAACACAAAGUCUUUACCAACAAUGCCGAAAGGUUUCAGCUUCACCUCAGAAUUCAUAGACAAGACCAGAUAUACUAUCUCAUUCAUGCAGGAAUUCUAUGACUACAGUGGCCUGGCAGUAUUGUACAACUACAAACCACUCAAAAUAGAAAAUAACAAAUUUGGAACAAACACACUUAUGGAGGUUCACGAUUUUAGUACAGGAGUUGCAUAUGUUACCGAUACCAUGCAUGGCAACUGUACAGCCCAGAAAAUAGAGACAACGUUCGAUGACAGAAGGGUUGACUUAAGUCACGUGUCAAUGAGAAAUCCCGCCCAAUUCUUUUAUUUUGACGUCAUAAAUUAUACAUACGAAGGAGUGAAAAAGAUCCGGAACAUUGACUGUGACAGCUGGGUAGGAAUCCGGACGAACUGGCCUGCUUCAGGUGUUAACACAACAUGGAUGUGGUAUUUUGCAACAGCUGAUUGGGUGCAAGUAAACACAGGAACAGAACAAAGUAGUACACCUAUACGACUUACUAUUGAUAACGGUGACGCUGGUAUACAUUAUGAAUAUAAUUUGUAUAAUUUUGCAAAGAACAAACCCGAUAUAUUGGGAUUUGAUAUUAGUGCUUGUUAUAUAAACGGUAAUAGACGAAAAUUCCAGCUGAAUUUCCCAGGUAGCUAUGCAGGUGCUGUCACUCAAAAUAUGAAACUUUUCAAGUAUUAUAUACUUAUUUCGCUGACACAGCAGUUACAAAUAUCAUCUUUACGAGUUGCAAACUUAAAGGUGUUUAUUGACCAAGACAUUCUGGUUGUUUUCGAGAUUUUGGACGUUGCUCCAAUUAUAGGCGAUGUAACCAAUAUUGUCCAGGAAACACCUUUACUUACAGCUGCCAAUAAAUUAGUCAAAAUGGUUAACAACAAUCAGUUUUUCGUGUUGUUGCAAGACGCAGCAUUCAAAAAUUUGGUUGGUAUGGUACCAAAAAAGACAGGGUUUGUGGAAAUAACAUACUUACUACAAAAUACAACAAGCUCCAGUGAUACCGGAAAUGGACCAGGUACAAUGGCAGCAGUCGGUGUAGUCAUGCCAAUUGUUGGUGGAGUUCUAGGGGGACUGUUCUCAUAUUUCUUCUUUAAAUGAACACAAUCUCAUAAUUGAAUACAUGUAAUACUCUUUGAUGAACUUAUUUUACUGAACAAUAUAAACAUUAUCAUAUCGUUACAAACAUCAAUUUAUUAGGCAAUAUCAUGGUCAGACGUUAGUUCCUGUAAUGAUUUUUUUUUUAAAUUAGUGUGUAUGUUUAAUAAAAAAACAAAAAGUAAAUUUAAAGAGCUACUUUAAUGAAGAUUUAUUAUAUAACAACAAACACACACUAGCGUGCUGUGUAAUACAUAAUGAAAUAAACCCUUAAAGACUGUUAAAUCACAUUUUGUGAAGAUAAUCGGUUAGAUUAAAUUGAUCAGUACGUUUUGAAAAGUCCUAAAUGGGCUUCCAUACAUAUUCGAUAUUUAAAUUUACAUACAUGAAAUAGAAUAAAUGUAUAAAAGUUGAA